AUGAACCGUAUGGAUGAGAAUAUGUUCACCAGGAGGCUGGACCAGACCCUCACUAGACGGCUGAGCAAGGCUUAUGAUCCUAACGCUAACGAUGGUACUCUGAGUCCGAGAUCCAGAGCCCAACUGUCGUUGAGAGUUCGGAAUAUGAACAGCAUGUCGAUGAUAGGGUCUAGCUUCCAGGCAAGCGAUGUUCUGCCGUUUGCUGUGUCACCGGCACCUUCAAGCAUCAUUGCUGGCAACCGCGGAGCCCUGGGUUCUUCAGCAGAGGACGAGGAAGAUACAAUUAACAGGCUCACUAAGAGGCACAUACCCUGGGUGGCAUUGGCGAGGGAAGAUGUUCAUCGUACUAAACUGGAGAAGUAUAAUAUGUUCAUAUCGUCUCCAUUGUAUGUGGUCAGCCCGGAUCAGAACCUUACUUUACCCUUCGAGCGGGAUGCAAAGGCCGUCGAUAUCAAGGUCGUGGCUGCCAAGGACAGGCAGACGGCAGUGGUGAGUGUGGGUGGUCGUGGGGAGGCAGAGAGGAACGCCGAGACCUCUGGAAGGCUACUCCGCUGGCAGUUGUGGUAUGAUCCUACUCUCGCGGACCCAUCGGAAGGGCAACCGAAAAGACGGUUGGCUGGUACUGAAGAACAGGUGAUGCUGUAUACCAACUCUCUACCAUUGGCUACUAAUGUGGAGACUGAGUUCUUUGAGAAUGUUGACCUUGUGAGCAGACUACCUUUCUUCCGACGUGUCUUUCCAUGCCUCAUUAGGCCCGCCAUGAUGGCUCUUUCGAACUAG